AUGUCUGACCCCAAUACUGAUAACAUAAAGCAAAGAUUAGACAAAAUCAAAUCAUUAGCCUUGGGUGACAAACUCAAAGAAAGUGAUAUCGCUGAUUUACUCCAAGAAAUUGGUGUUCCCUCUGGUCAAGUAGAUGUCAAGUCGCUCUUGAAAGAUAAUUACGAUUCCAAAUAUCGCUUACUCGAUCUUAUCCAUACCACGGGUGUGCCAGGUUUAGCAAAAUGCGACCAUGGAGAUCUUGAACGCAUACUGUUAGAAACUACAGAUAGUUCGCCCCAAGGAAUCAUGGACCAAAUCAAACAAUUUGAAGCAAGAUAUCCUGAUCUUUAUACACCUGCCCUUUGCCAAAAUAUCGUGACGAAUUAUUUAAAUAAAUGGGGAUCCCCACGACCCGACCAGCAAUAA